CAUGCAGAUCAUAACAAUCAUUCUGAAAAGCGUGAUACGAACCUCAUGUGUACUUGUUUACAUCAUAAAUUGGACUGAAUUUGGGGAUUUAUCAAUACCCCGUUACUACCAUUCUGUGUAGAAUGUAAUCGUCUUUGUGUCUGUCGGACAGCCAUGCCGUUCUCUCGCGAUGAUAAACAGCAAAGAGCCGACCAAUUUCGGCAGCAAGUAGAAGAACAGCUGGUUGAGGAAGAUGCAGGCGAUGGUGAUGGCGAGGUAAACAACAAUGAACACGAGGAGCCAUGUUGUGUGCCGUUGAGUUGCACUGAAGGCGGACCUGUGCACACAGACGAUCCGGACGACUGUCAAAAAGUCGUCUGCAACAAUCCGGAAUGCACCCAGGGUCAGCACAUGCACAAGUUUUGCUUCGAUGUAUGGGAGGAUGAAGUGCUGACAUAUCUACGGUCGUCUGGCAGGGCAAGAAGCUGGUCGGAGAAGCAGCGUCGCCAGAACUUGUGGACAAAGAAAGGCUACGAUUUGGCAUGGAAAGCCUGCUCGUGCAAGUGCGCCAAGGGUCAUCUGCGGAAGGACCUGGAAUGGAUACCACCGAAGCUCCCGGAGGGCGCCGCGGCUGAGAAUGCCCAGCAACGCAGGCAUCGACGACGCAAGAAGUCCAAUGAGAAACCGAGCAUUGGCAGAGCUAAUUCCAUCAGCUCAAACUCUGGAAAUGGUAACGGAAAUGGCAAUGGACAUGGGAAUGGAAAUGGUCAUGGAAACGGGCAUGGAAGACUGCGACACACUUCAGCUUCAUCAACAGCUUCAACCGAGAGCAACCUUACCCCACCGCAGAGUCCAAAUGUUUAUCAGUCCAGCUGCAAAAGCCAACCACGUUUUCCUCCACAUGCAGCAGUGGUUUCCAUGACAAGUCCCACUUCUGCUGCUCCUGCAACUUCAAGCCACGCAGCAACAUCUCCAACAACCGCAACAUUGACCACAACAGCUUCUGAUGGAGCCUCUAGCCACAACACCCAAGCAGCACAGAGUCAUGAGAGUAACACCAACUGGAGUAAGUGGCAACAACAUGGUGGGAGCAGUGGUGGGAAAAACCAGAAUCAACCCCACCACUUUGUGUCUCCGAUGCCUCAGCAGCAGCAGUAUCAGAGCCCUCCCUCUCACCACGACUACCACGGGCCACCCAUGAAUAUGCCCCAUCACCAAGGUGGCAACAACAGGCAGACCCCGCCCACCAACAGAGCAUCUCAAUUCCACCAUGGAGGAGGACCCCCGAUUUCAGGUCACAGGGCGAAAGAUCCAGCAACAUGCAAACCUACAACGCCAAUUUCUUCAGCAGCAAUGUGUACUGGAAUCCCUCUACCGAUAACAUGCCUCCUAGCAGUAGUUCAAGCGGUAGUGGUACCGGUGGUAGCGGGUAGUGGUGCCGGCAGUAGUGGUGGUAGUGGUACAAGGGGCUUCCUACCACGCAUGGAUCUAUCAGCAUUCUACCAGGUGUUGCCAGCGCACAAGCUCAACUCCUACCACAUCAAGAUGGAGGAAGAUAGCCAGCCGGAGUCCGAGGAAAUACGCUCCUUCAUAUUCGCGACUCUCAAUAUACAUGGCACUCGCGUCAUUCCAUGCUCCGUGUGCACCAGGAAGCUUCCCGUCUUUGAUCGCUACCCUCUGAUCGACGGCACGUUCUAUCUCACGCCGCAGCGACAAGGCGAUGGCAACAAGGGCCUACAAGUUGGUCUGCAGAGCUCCCAGUACCUGAAUGCUGUCUGCAUGCAGUGCCUAGAGGGCGUUCAGCGCAUCGUCUGCCGUAUAUGCAAGUCUCGCUGGGAUGGGAGCCAUCACCAGCUGGGUACACUCUACUCCUACGACAUCUUCGCCGCCUACCCCUGUUGUCCAGGGAGGGCAGGAUGCAAGCGGUGCGGCAAGCCGGUCAUCGACCCAACCCGCGGCACGCACUUCUUCAGCGAGUACUCAAGGAGUAUACAAUGUCCCCACUGCGGCGUUCCUGACUUCCACUUCGUGAAACCGCUGAGCAGCUACGAGGUCCACUCCAAUUCUGUACAGCAGAUCAAUGUAUGUUAACCAUUGCUUAGGAGAAGGGUGUUGAUUUGGUGAUGGCACUUGCUACACCAGUAGCAAGAGAGGAUUUUGAGUUGCAAUGGAAGGAUCUUAGACUGAUAUGAACUCUCUAGAGCCUGAUACGGUGUUAUAUUUACUUCAACCUUUUCAUAUAUUAUACGUAACCCUUAUUUUCUCAGCUUUAAUAAUCUUGUUUGAUAUUGACAUUAUAUCUUGACUAUAUUUUUUGAAAGCAUGGGUAUUGAACAUUUACCAAGAUGCAUAGUUAGCAUCUAUAUUUUGUUCCUAUAAAUAACAGUUCAUAUAAAUAGUGAUGUUUUUGUAUCUAAGCAUGCAGUAUACUCGUUUUGUGUCUAAAUCAAUCAUUAGUGUAUUUGAUUGUAUUAGAUAGUGUGCUUUAUACAGAUGAUGACGUACAAUUGUAACAGUAUUGAUUUUCUAUUCAACUGAAUUGGUAAGGCCAAGGAUUUUGCCAAAUUAUUAAAUUACAAACUUGGCUGGAAUUCAAUUGAGCAACUCUUAGUUCCAUCAGGUGAUGAAGGUAUGAAAAUAUUUUGAUUUGAUUUAGAUUUUUUUUAUAGUAAUAUUGGCUUUGAAGAAAUGCUGAUCAUACCAGUCGACCAUAUGUUCAAGGUUAAAGAAGGAAAGGAAUAAAGAAACGAGGGCUAUUAUAAUGUCCAAUUCUCUAGAUGGGUUACAAUGCUUCAUUAAUGAAAUGAGUAUGACCAUUUUAGAGCACCACAAAAUCAAUACUGUUACAACUGUUACAAUUUCUGAGCAGAAGGAUCAUAUUAGAGGGAACUUUGUCCCAGGUCACUUCAAAGUGAAAAGAUAGAAAAUGUGAAUAUGAAUGUUAGUUUUGUUGAGUGUCUUAGAUUCUCUGGAUCGUUUCCAUUUUAGAGAGUCAGACUUGAAACAGUUGAACCCUGGUCUGUUUCCUGUGGCCAAAGUUUCGGUCAGUUUGAGUCAAGUCAUUGAAGGCAUUAUAAACAUUAGGCCCUGUUUCAUUAAGUUUAUAUCUACAUCAAGCUACAGUUAUUGCUAUAAAACAAUGGAAGUAAUUCACUUGAUUGAUUGAACGCAAUGAGUUAUUGAUACCAUCAAGUCUGUAUAGAAUUACUACGGUAUCCAGGGAAGCAGAAAGAAGUGUUUAUACAUCAUUUAUCAGGCAUGUGGUCUAUAUACCUAGUUUCUUAUUGCUGUGUGCGUCAAAGAAAUGAAAAAAUUGUUUCAAUGAAAAAGAAUCUUCCUAGACGCAUUGUUUUUCUAUACAAAGUACAUGUAGAUCUGAUGUGGCUGUUAAUUGUAAUGAAACAGGGCCUUUAAUGUGGAGAAAUGAUAGUCUGGGUAAAUUAGGUCAUUUUUUUGAAGAAAGUUGAAAGGGUAGUCGUGAGUGUUACCGAAAAUGUAUUUUUAGUGAAACUAUCUUAAAAUCAUUCAGAGUCGUUGAUAAGUGAAAUUCAAAAUCAAGCUGAUUACUGCGUAAUGAACAGUUCUGAAUUUAUAUGAAAACAGUAUGCACAAUUUGCAUCACCAGAACUCAAGUUUUACGUAUAUAUAGCUUGAAGGUAAUAAAUCUGUGAUUCAACCCUUUGAAUUUUCUUCUUAAAUUUGUCAUACACUGUAGAUAGGAAGAAGUCUUGCAUAAUCCAUGCUAGUUUAUUAAAGGCUUUAAAUGUGAUGUUCAAGAAAAGUUAAAGGGGAAUCCAACUGUAGAUGAAAGCAGAAGAAUCAGAGAAGUGUACUUGUGAAAGUUGAAAUGAAUUGGACAAAAAAUUAGAAUGUUAGUGAAUUUUUUAAAGGUAUAGACUCUUGAAAAUUGGCUGAAUCAGUUAUGUCUCUGUGAUGUAGUCGCAAAAACUUUCCCAUUUGUUCCAACACACAAUGACUAAAACCUAUGGCUCAGGAGGGUUAAUGCUCUUUAGAUAAUCUCUUUAAUAAUUUUUAUCCAUACUAUAUUGUGAAUAGUGCUCCAAGGGAGAAGGCACUGAGGAGAAACAAAAAAUAAUUGUGUUUUUCUGCGCAACAAACAUGAGAGUUAUUCGUGACUUCUGUACAGUACAUGUACGUCACGAUACACUGACCAAACUGCCAAUUUGAGAUUCACAUAGACUUGAUAGUGAUCUCAUAUUUCAGGCAUUCAUAACUUUCUUAAUAUUGCUUCGAUACAUUUCAAGCUUUCGCCAUUAUGUUUAUAUUAUUUUUCUGCUUUCAUACAAAUGAACUUAUUACAAUGGUUGGAUUGCCCUUUAGUGUAGCCUGUAAACGUACUUCGCCUUCAAAUUAUGUUGGGAAAGGAGACAGCCAGGCAGUUUGGAAAAUUAGUUUGAUGUUUUGAAUUUGAAAUGCAUUAUUGGACCAACGAUGAGACAGAUAUAUUUUCUACUUCCGUGCAAGAAAUCGAGGAAGAAAUAUUAAGGGUACACUGUUAUUGAAAGAUGUGCAUUGUUCUUGUGGGAUAAGGAGUUUUGAAAGCAUUAUUUUUGUGUUCCAUGCUCGUUAAAUAUAGCAGCUGCUUAGACAUAAGUUUUUUUUAAUUUUUUAUUAAUUAUCUGUGACAUGCCAAAUUACAUCAGUUCACUUUUCCAAGCUACAUGUAUCUAGAAUUUCUAGAUAAAGGGUAGGAUUAGAAAUGGUUUAUCUGCUUACGUGUACAUUGUGAUAUUAAUAUGGGUUGUCUGCUGAAAAUUUUAAGGUAAAGUUAAGGUCCUGGCAUACAGAGAAAGAGAGAAGCUCGUCUAUUUCAUAUCAUAUGAAAGAUGUAUUUCUUUUUAACAAAACAAGAAAUGAAUCUUUGAAAGAAUAUUACAAAAAUGGGUCAUCUGGCCAUUCAAAUGUUGAUGAGCAUUACCUUCUUAUAGAGUCAAAUUGAAACAAUGGAAAAUACAAUAAUCACAAGAAACACAAAACGAGAGGCAUCUUGCCCAUUCUUGUCAAGACAAUGCAGUCCUCGGACUAGAGUUGAUAUUCCAAGCUCAAUCCUCUGAAGUCAUUGUUUCUCAAUCCUUGUUUUUAAUUGUUGAACAAGAAAAUAUUACCGAUGCACAUGUUCAUUAACAUUUGAAUGGAUACUCGCUCUAUUUUUGCAAUUUACUUACUCAGACCUAUAAAGUUCUAACUGUUGAAUGCAUGUACCAAUCCAAGCAUUAAAGUUAGAAUAAUAAUUUUGAUAUAAUAUUUUAUUUUAUUUUAUUGACAGGUUAUAUGAAAAUGUUAACAAUGAAGAGUGUCCAGUGUAUUUUGAAAAAAUUGUCAUUCAUUCAAAUCAGUAUUUUAAUUCACUGCAUUAUAUUUAAGUUUAGAGAAUGUUUUGUAUUUUGUGAGAUUUUUUUUAAUCAAGUUAUAUCAGCAAUGAUGCUGGUUGAACUUAAAGACCUUUUUACUUUUUUGUUUAACAUUUAAACAAAUUCAAAGUCAAAUACAUUCAGCAAGAUACAGAAUAUUUCUUUGAAAUGCAAAGAUCAUGCCUCAGAUGAGCAUAUUACUCUAAAAUUGACCAAGUGGUUUGACUUGUUGUUGCAAUCAUAUUCCAAGACUUGGUUUGCUUUUUACUUUAAGAGUUUUUCAAUAAGUCUCAUAUUUUACAACUCAACUACAUGUACAUGUUUAUGUACUGUAUGUACGAAAUCCCAACUCCCUGGUACAAUGUUACAAAUAAAAGGUGAAAUUAAACAAAGAUAUAUAUUAUUUUUCAACUUAAAAGUGUAUAUUUUUGUUUACUUUACUUCUAAAGGAAAAGUCUGGUAUACCAACCAUUUGAAAUUUGAGUCAUUUAUUUUCGCAACUAUAGAAUGUGUCAUUAUGUAAGGCAUACAGAGUAUCUCAUAAUGAUUAUUUGUUUCUUCAUUGUAGGUUGGUUGCAUAUUUAUCACUUUUCUGUUGGGUACAUGUACAAUGUACAUACUGCUAAAGAUUAUAAUAAGGGCUAGAACAUGUCCUAAAUAUGGAAAAAAGAAUGUCCUUGAUAAAGUUGAUAUUUAAUGUUACAAUGGCAGUUUUAUUACAUGUAAAUUGUUGUGUGCCCCCCCCCCCCCCUCUUGUGGGUUGGUUUAAAAAUUUCAAAAAAUUCAAAAUUUAGGGGGUCCAGACUCGGAUUUUGGGGCACCAAUGUACAUGUAUCUUGGGCGCCUGUUAGUGUCAAGCCCUGCAGUAAAAUGUAAAUCAAACUUGGUUAGAAAUGCACCCUUUCACGGUUACAAGAGUGCACAUGCGCUGACAUGAGCACCAAUUUUUUUAUCGUGAGUAACGCCGUUUUAAAUUGCGAGUAACUUUUAUUUGAUGCCGCAUGCAACGCAGAUGCGUCGAUAUGAUAUGAGCGCACAGGGCAGUCAGUGACGCAACAAUACAUGCGCUUCUGAAGAAAUUGAUGACCCAAUUAUGUUUACUCGCAGAUUGAAAUGGCGGCCUUAACCGUGAAGGGGUGUAUUGAAGUAAAGAGGUUGGUGUCAGACACUCAUGGGCAAGUCUAGACAUACAUGUACGUGUAUUCAGUCAUUUAGUUUCCCCCACAUGUUACCAAGCAUAUGGAACAGUGAACAUAAUUAAAACAAUAUUUAUAGUUUUCUCGUAUAUUUUUGCCUAAUUCAUGAGGCUCUGAGUCUAGGGUUCUCGGCUUAUAAUCAGUGUGCGGGAAUACCAAAAUCUUUGCAGUCUGUAAUGUUUUUGACAGGACAAAAUACCAUGCAUUUGCCCACACACAUAUCAUGCAUGCCCCUAUAUGAAUUGUAGCCAUCGUCUGUGCAAGAUUUAUUUGCUUUAGGAUUUUUCCAUUUCAGUCACCAUAUGUCAUAUGAAAGAACAUUAAUGAUCAAUGAUAUAUUUUGUGCAUAUGUACUGGUAGUCGAAGUAGGAAUACAGAUAAAGUGUUUUAUGAAAGAAAUAGAGAAUUGUGAUUUGUCACCAGCCCUGUUUAUUUGUCAGUAUCUUUUUUUCAUUCAAUUCUGAAUUUGAAUCUUCAGGCCAAAUGUAUAUAUGGCAAACCUUUCUAAAAGAUUAAAACAUUAAGUCAUCUUGUUUCCAAAAUAAGGUUUGUAGUUUUAUAUGUGUGCCCAUCGAAUAGAAGAGAAUCUGUUUUAUUUGGGAGUCGUAUCUUCAUCUACAUUUUGUCUUUUUUCUUUCCAUUUUGAGAUUGCAUAUCCAAAUACAUGUACAAUUAUUACCGGUAUCAUUAGAGAAUUUAAAUGUAACUGAUCACGCUCUGUUUGCAUAUUGAAUGUAAUGGUGUGAAAAUGCAGUUUCGUUAAAAAUAAAAACUUGGUUUUAACAACAUCUACAUGUAUGUCUGUAGGUCCAAAUGCUUUUAACAUGAUCGCAAAGAUGGAGAAAAUCAAAUUGAUGCAAUUUCAGUAGCCUUGUGGGUCACAUAGAACUGUACAAACGUCGCAGUGACAUAUUGCGUAAUCCAAACAUGAUUUCUACAGGCAGUAUAUUAAGGUAUUGAAUUGCCAUUGUUUUUUUUAACUCUCUGCGACUGUGUUCUUUGUUAUGGAGUUCUAGUCUUAGUCUUAGAGACGGAAGAGCUGUAAAGAAAGUAUUUUUUGUUUAAUAUUGUACACAUUGAAGAAGAUAUUGUGCAUUGUGAAAGAAUAGGGAAGUUGUUGAUAUUGAUGUACAAGAUUAAUGCUUGGUACAUUGUUGAACGUGCCAUAAAGGGUAAUUUUAAGUUCUUGUCAGUGACGGAUCGAGAGGUCACAGGGGUGUCAUGCCCCCCCCCCCCCCGGCAUUAAAUUGAAUAAAUAAACAUUCAAAAGAAGAUACAAUGUAGAUGAAAAAAAAGUCUGCUGUUCUCAAAUGCACACUAUAUCAAAACAAGUACUUGUGUCUAUAAAGUCUAUGUGCCCAUGCCAAGUUUAACGGUGACAACCUUUCUUUUCAUUUUGUUGCUUUAGAAAUAAAAUCUGUAAUUCCCCCGUGUGAAAGAUUUCCUGAAUCUGCCACCGAGUAUUGAAACUGCAUUACUUAUAAAUGGCAUAACAUAUGGUUACAUUUUAUUAGAUGUAUUGUUAAGUAGAUGUCAAGUCCUGUAAUGUCUUGAAGAACACACUGAAUAGCAACACAGAUACAUAGGACUGGGCAAUCUAUUGUGUAUCGGUAUGUAUUUUUAGUUCCACAUGCAUAUUAUAUUGAUCUACAGUUUCAUCCAGUCGGAUGAGCAGAAAUUAAUUUAUUUAUAGUUUUCACUGAAUUUUGCUUGACUCUAUGGAAAUGGUACAAAAAAGGUUGAGUUUUAUUUCAGAUUAUAUUAUCACUUUCUCGAAUAUAAUAAAGAUAUUACCAUUACUUUUUCUCCUCGCGUUUAUUUAGGGCAUGUAUGUAUCUUAAUAUUUGAAGAAAUGUUAAAUUUGUACAACACAAAAACUGGAUGGCCUAUAUUCAUUAUCCAUAUACUACCAUUCAACUGAAAGUUCAAUCAUCAGAUUAAUUGCACUAUUAUAAUAUUGCUGAUUUUGUUUACUUGAGAUGUGUCUAGCAGUCCAAUCAAAUUUUGGUUAAAGAGAAGUUGAGUUAUGGGAAGUUUUGGGAAAGGUGAAAAAUAAGUUGUGAGCUGUUUCAUUCUAUUUUUUGUAUAUCAGUGUGGAAGAAAAUCAUAAGGAAAAAAAAUGGCCCGAAAAGGAUGGCUCUUCAAAUGUCCUCGUACUUGUAAUAUGAAAAGAAAUGACUGAAAUGUUUGGACCAAACUCUGUGCUGCAGGGUUGUGUAGUCCCAUAAACGCAUUUCUGUGUACAGUACAGUCUGUGUUCGACUGUUCAGUGAGACUGAGUAUAAAUUUCUUAUAACUUUAAUUAUUCCCAAACCUAAGCACCAAUUAUUUUUUUUCUAAUUAAAUCAACCCUCUACAAUUGCUUCAAGAUGUUUUCUCUCAUGAUGCUAUAGCAUGAAAAGAACUCUACUUUAUAUUUAAUGGGUAGUGAUCUCUGAUUGGAAAGAAAGAAGAAAGACAAGAUUUGAUGAUGUUUAUUUGUACAAGUAAUAUGUAUUACGUAAGAUGUCGUAGACAAGGAUUGGCGCCCCUCCAAUGUCGUGCACUUGGAAAUUUGAUUGUAUGCCUAUGCCUUGCUCUUCAGAUGGAACGAGAAGUGAUUUAUUAUUAUAUUUUACAUUGUAUUGUUCUCUGACUUGAUAUUCAUUGUAGAACAGCUUGUUUUGUUACAAGUCAACUAAGAUGCUCGAAUAAACUGGAGAAUUUAUAUGGUUUGAAAA